AUGGACAAAAAGGCGCUCCUCUCCCCCGGCCUCGUCUUAGCAUCCGGUUACUUGAGCACUGCAACCCCCGUCGACUACUCCUUCGCCUUUGACAAGCCGCUGCACACUGUCGCCGUCGUCUUACUGCUGACUGGUCUCGCCAUUGUCGCAAUUGAGGCCUGGUCGUCGCGCAGUAGCCAGCCGCAACCGCCGACAAGAUAUAUCGCCAUAGCGCUGAACCAGGUCCAGAGCAGACAUGUCGCCGAAGAGAUAUGGACAGAGGCAGGCCAGCCAGGGAGACGGCGAGGCUGGAGUGUGAGGGCUGUCGGCGCCCUGCUGGCCGUCCUGUUGUUCGCAAUCUGCGGCCGCAUAGCCAUCUUCUACCGCGUUACCAAAGACGUCGAGUGCAGUGGUCCUUCUGCAUUAGCAUUUCUCCCUCUCGUCGCUGCCCUCUACCACAGCAUUCGUCACCCUAGCCAGCGACAAUACCCCGCCUGGAGUGCUGACACGCGCCCACGUACCCAGCUCGACUCCGUCUACAGCUUUGUCUUCGAUGGCUCCACACGCUACAUCAUUCCUUCUUUCCUGCUCUCCGUCAGCAGCUUCCUCGUCAUCAUCAAGUCCAGCGCAUUGCGCUCCACCUUCAUCUGCCCCAUCGCAGAUUCGACAGCGACUACAAUUCCUUCCCUUCAAUUCUUUGCCUUCUUGCUCGACAGUGUUAUUGUCCAGAUCUCAUACCGUCUGAUCGACGAUGGCAUCUCCGAGGCCGAUGACUGGACCAUCCACCUCCAGGAUGGUACCUCGAAUCACCUGCUAGUUGGCUUGACACUUACUGCAUCUUCUUUAGUCCUUCUUGUCGCAGGCAUUAUCAUAUACCCCGCUAUGCCCGAGCAUCGCGAGUGGAUGCUCUCAUUUCCGUCUGAAUAUCUCCUUGGUCUUUUGCGUUUAUCGUUGAUGAUACCCUUUAUGACGUUAUGUUUUCUCAAAUCGGCUCGAUUGUACGGCGUUAUGAGCGCAUUGCUCCUGGCCGCAUUUUCCUCUGCAUAUAUCGGCGUUCUUCGAGCCCUAGGCACCGGCGUUUCCUACUCAUUUCCACCAAAAUCCACCGUUGGACUUGUUUUGUGUUUGACUUUGCUCACCAUUGCGCUCAUCCUCUAUCUCGUCACAGACACCAACAUCGAAACCCGCAUACGUUCCAAAGUGCCGGUUCGUCUGGGCAGGAACCAGUCGGCCGGUUUCAUCGUAUUGCUGAUCGCCUUCUCCAUCGGUGUCGUUGUAUAUCGCCGGCACGGUCCUGUUCUCGAGCAUCCCAUCACUACUCUGAUCGACGUUGCGACAGUUCAACACGAUCGAUGGGCAUCGCAGGCUUACCGGAGUCGAUCUCUCACUGAGGCUGUUGUAAAUUAUCGGCAACGCUAUCAUCGCGACCCCCCACCCAAUUUCGACAAGUGGUACCACUUCGCCAUCAGCCGAAACUCCAUUGUAAUCGACGACUACGACAACAUCGAAAAAGACUUGGCACCCUUCUCAUCUUUCAACGCUGACGACCUUCGACUACGUACUGCCACUGUCUUGGCCACGCAUGAAGGGGUGGGUGGGAUCCGCAUAAGAGACGGGAAGGUGGAAGUGUUCAACAAUGUACCCGAUACGCACCGUUGGAUGAUGGAUGGUGCGGCGACCAUGAUACAGCGAUUUGCUCAAUCGCUCCCUGAUAUGGAUCUCGCCUUGAACCUGAAUGAUGAGAGUCGUGUCGCUGUACCGUACGAACGUUUACAGGAUGCACUGGAUAACCCGCAACCGUACCCUACACCUGAGCCUUCUCGUCCUACGAAAGAUUUCAGUGCUAAUCGUGCGGAAAAGUGGCCGGAUGUUGACCGUGUACGAUCGGAUCCAAACUUCUUCAGCGACGCUCGCAUCAAGUCCUCUUUUGAGACAUACGGAUCCGUCGCCUGCCCACCCGAAUCGCGCGCGCGGAGAGAACGCCACUGGUAUACGAAAUCCUUUUGCCACACCUGUACUCAAGGUCACUCGAUGGGCGCCUUCAUAGCGAAUUGGAGUCUCUCGUCUGAGCCCUGUCAUCAGCCAGAUAUCGCCAAUUUGCAUGGCAUGCACCUCAGUCCAGCUAGCCUGAUGGGUACUCAUGACAUGGUCCCAAUCUUUAGUCAGAGCCGCGCUCCAGGUUAUGCCGAUAUCAGAUACCCAUCGCCGUGGAAUUAUAUGGAAAAGACCAAGUAUGGAUUUGAUGAAAAGUUUCCUGAUCCUCACUUUCAAGAUAAAGUAAAUGUACUUUUCUGGCGCGGGACGACCACUGAGGGCGUGACUACGCACGGCACAUGGAAAGGCAUGCUUCGCCAGCGACUUGUGCAUCUCAUGAACAACGAAACCUCCCGCCAACCUAUCCUCCUCCCGAAACCUGACCAUAGCGGCCAUCUGGAAUACAUGCUGAAACGCACGAGCGACAUCAAAAGACUUCUCGAGACCAAGACUGAUGUCCGCCUUGUCGGUCCGAUCGCGCGCUGCGCAGGGCAAGACUGCACCGGCCAGACACGCGAGUUCGGCUUUGGUGAUCCUAUCGAUUUCAAGCAACACUGGCGCUACCGAUACUUGGUCGAUACUGACGGCGCUGGCUUCUCUGGUCGAUUUAUUCCCUUUCUACAGUCCAACUCCGUCGUCUUCAAAGCUGCCCUCUUCCGUGAAUGGUACGAAGGCCGUCUCACCGCUUGGAAACACUUCGUUCCUGUGGACCUCCGCCUGCACGACCUCUUCUCUUCGCUCGCCUACUUCGGCGGAUAUGGUGUUGAGGCAAGGAACAAACGCAUGAUGGAGGGCCAAAUCAAGGCAGCGGAGAAGAUUGCACGUGAUGGCAAAGUGUGGACUGAGAAGGUGCUGAGGAAAGAGGAUAUGGAGGUUUACAUGUUCAGGCUCUUGCUUGAGUGGGGGAGGCUGACGGAUGACGCGAGGACUGAAGUUGGCUUCCGCAUAGAGAAGGGGAAAACGAGUGCUAGUGAGAGGAUGAGCAGUGUCGAGCGAGAGGUGGAAGAGUUGUGA